GUGUGUAGUAAUCAAAACGAGACCUGGAAUAGCGACUGUGAGUUAUAUCAGAUGAAGUGUUGGUGUAUGAACAACUAUAAAACAUGUGCCAAAACGAAAUACGAGCAUGUUCAUGUUGACUAUUACGGAACAUGUAAACAAAUCCCUAAAUGUUCCGAAGAUGACAUGGCUGAUUUUCCUCGACGCAUGCGCGAAUGGCUGUUUGCUGUGAUGCAAGACCUGGCCCAUAGAGAGGAGUUGAACCAAUAUUACACAGAGUUAGAGAGGAGGGCGGAGGAAGAUCUCAGUCUCAAGUGGGUGAACUCUGUUAUUUGGAAGUUUUGCGACCUAGACUCACAUCCAGAAGAUAGAACUAUUUCACGUCAGGAGCUUUUCCCAAUCCGAGCUCCACUGCUUUCCAUGGAACAUUGUAUCUCUCCCUUUUUAGACGCUUGCGAUGCUGACGAUGAUCAGUCUAUAACUCUGUCCGAGUGGGGACUUUGUCUUGGACUAAAAGACAACGAAAUUCAAGACAAAUGUGCAGCAGUACAUGGAAGUCGAAAUAAAGAAUAACAACGCUACAGAAAAAACAAACAAACAACAACAAGAAAUGGAUUGUUUAUGAAAUCAAGACAAUGCCCUAAAUCACCAAACACGGCAAUAAUUCUAUGAAAUUACUAAGUUUAUUGCUUAAUUUCUUUCUGUGUUCUUUAAUAUGAAAAUACUUACAGCUUUUCUACAAGACUUCAGGUGUUAAUAUAUAAAUGUGUUAUGUUACUGUUCCGUAAGGACAUCUAGGUUAAAAUUCCAUUACGUAAACAAGAUCAUUAAAAGGAACCCAAGAAUUUUUGGUACAUUGAGUGUUCUAUAUUUCCGUCUAUGAAGAGUGUGACAAUUAUUCUAAUUGAAAUUACAUAAUUCUUAAUGCCAGAAACUAGUAGUUUAUUAAUUUAAUCAAUUGAUAACCUAAUGCAUGAUAACUGUAAUUAAAUAAUAAUUGUUCUUGCAUUGUAUCCUGAAUUAUCUCAAUAAAUAUUUUUUCCCCCAA